AUGCCGUCGUACUUUUAUCACUUAAAAUUCGAGCUCUACCCGACGCCCAACCCUACGACAAGCCUGCAGCGACCGACACAAGGCAGCACAGCAGCGAGCAACAUCUGGCUUCCUCCGCCCGGCACCGACAUCUUUGGCGAGCUUCCCUCACAUCCUCCUCGUACUACACGAACGAGCCGAACCGGAAGACCGCAGCCUUCACCCGUCCAGUCAUCAUACGGCACAGCGUAUCGAACGAACAACGCAGCCCAGAAGCGAGCCAGCGACGACAGCGAGGAACCCGGCCUGCACAUCAUCGACUGCGGACUUUCGCGCGCCCCCGUCAAAGCCGACAACGGCAAGGACGUCGAGGUCCUCACGGCGCGGCAGUGGAAGGCGAGAACGCAGAGCUUCCCGCCACCGCCCGCGUUUGCGGCCAUCCGACCCGACGCCGCCGUGCAAGAUUGGCGCUUCGGCCGAGUGAGCGUCGAGAGCCUCGAGCAGCAGAACACCAACAGCGCAACAGACAUGGAGGAGGCCGCGGGGUCGUCGGGCGAGCGGCCGUCGGCUGCCACGGGCAUCGGCCCCAUGUUCGGCGGCGCGGGCAGCAUGACCAUGGCGAAGCUCCUGCCGCUCGACACGACGAAUACGGAGCUCGGAUGGGGCGUCGUACACUUCUACCGCGAGCAGGACGACAGCCCGAGCUUGCGGAGGCCCAUCACGGAGCAGCAGACGGGCAAGGACGGCGAUUGUACGACGGUCUGCAUACCUGCCAUUCCGAGCUACUGGUCGUUUCAUGACUUGCUGGGCUUUAUUGGCGAGGAGUGGAAGGAGAGCAUCAGUCACUAUCGACUUGUGACGACGGCGCAGAUGAACCGAUAUCUUGUCCUCAUGAAGUUUCGGGACGGUCAGAAGGCGAGGGCAUGGCAGAAGGAGUUUGACGGAAAACUGUUUAACAACAUCGAGGCGCAGGUAUGCCAGGCUAUAUUCAUCAGGUCGAUCACUUUCGAGACACCUACAAGACCGGAUGGCGCGUUUCCUGACUUGAGCCGCGAUCCGUUUACGCCCUCCUCCGCCGUGUCGAACACCCUCAAGCCGUUUCCGCCGCCGACACCGAAUCUUAUCGAGCUGCCGACAUGUGCUGUAUGCCUGGAACGCAUGGACGACACGACGGGCCUCAUGACCAUCUCAUGCCAGCACGUCUUCCACUGCAAAUGCCUCGACCACUGGCAGGGCUCUGGCUGUCCCGUAUGCCGGCACACCAGCAGCAAGCCCGCAUAUGAUCCGUCAAACCCCUACACUCAGCCGUUUGGCUCCUCGGUUUCGAACCUCUGCAGCGUCUGCGAUACCGCCGACGAUAUCUGGAUCUGUCUCAUUUGCGGCAAGGUCGGCUGCGGCCGCUAUAAGGGCGGCCACGCGAAAGACCACUGGAAGGAAACAGCGCACAGCUUUGCCCUCGAGAUGGAAACGCAGUACGUCUGGGACUACGCCGGCGACACCUGGGUGCACCGUCUCAUCCGCGACAAGGGCGACGGCAAGGUCGUAGAGCUCCCGGGCACCACCAGCCAGCAGGCCGGCCUGUCCAACGGCGGCGACGGCUCAGGUCAGCAAGAUGACGUCGUGCCCCGCGCCAAGCUGGACAACGUCGGCAUGGAGUACACCCACCUCCUCACCUCGCAGCUCGAAUCGCAGCGCGUCUACUUUGAGGAGAUGAUCAGCAAAAUCGCAGACAAGGCCGCCAAGGCGACGAGCACGGCCGACUCGGCGCUCCAGCAGUCCAAGGCCACGACAUCUGAAAAUAAACAGCUGCGCGCCGAGCUCGACAAGCUGCGGCUCGAGACGGUGCCGCAGCUCGAGCGCGACGCCGAGCGAGAUCGCAAGAAGGCGGAGAAGGCGCAGGACCUCGCUCGCAGCCUCGGCAAGGCGCUGCAGGAGGAGAAGGAGGUCGGCAAGGGACUCAUGAAGCGCGUCGAGCAUAACCAGGCCGAGGUCGAGGCGUUCAGGGCGCGGGAUGCUGAGCAAAAGGAGAAGAUUGCCGAGCUCGAGGAGAUGAAUCGAGACCUCAGCAUGUUCAUCUCUGGGCAGGAGAAGCUCAGAGAGAUGGAGGCCGAGGGGCAGGUUGAGGCUGGCGAGUUGGCGGAGGGCAGCGCCAGCGUGCCGGAGAAGAAGGGCAGGAGGAAGGGAAAGAGGUGA